AUGAUUAUUGACAACGAAAAAUAAUAGAUACGAGAACUGUUCGCAAACGAUUAGAAGUAUGUCUAAAAUGAAAAGAAGAUUCAAAAUGAUUUUAUCAUCUAAAUGCAAGUUGCAAAAUAUGAUUCUAAAAACAGGGAUGAUCCAUUAUUAAUACAUGCAGGUGUCACUGAAUAAAAGCAAUCUGUUUUUAUCAUAUAAGGAAAAUUGCAGAACGAUAAUAAUGUAAAAUCAAUCACUUACUUUAUGAUCUCUUAAUUUAACUAUUCCAUAAUAUUACUUAGAGAAUUUUUUAUCAUCUACAUAAACACAGAAUUGAAAACAUAUUUGCAUCUAUCAAAAUUUUACUAAAUCUUUAAAGAAUUUCCUUGUAUUUAUUUUGAAAAUCUGUAAAAAAUAUUCAUAUUGCAUGGGAAUAUUUUCAUAAAAUCAUGGUUUUGGUUUCAAAGCAGUGUUUAAAUAAAAGUAUUGAAAUCGAAAACCAUCUAUCUGGAAAAAGUUGCAUAAUUGCUGAAUUAUCAAUUUUUUAAAAAAUAACAAUUUGAGAAAAUGCCUUCAUAUUGUAAGGAUGCUUCCUAUCAAUAACUUUAAUAAGCAUUUAUUGGAAAUCAAAAUUCAGUAAUUUGUUUCCAAUAAUGCCAAAACUAACUUUACGAUCUUGAAUUGGAUUAGUAUGAGUUUACAAACAAAGGAAUACCAAUCAUUCUUGAUCUAUGCAUUACGAGAUUAUUGUAGGAUCCUCAAAACCUUCAAUUAGAGGGAAUAUUCAGGUUAUGUUCUGCCCAAACUUAAGACAAAUAAUUUGAAAAUUAUUUAAUCCAGAAACAGUAUUCAGAAAUACUAGAUUUCGAGAACGUCCUAGUUAUAGCGAAUUUUAUUAAGAGAGUUUUGGAUAAAUUAAAGUACUCAGUUGUUCCUUAUUAAUAUUAUAAUUAAAUAUCUACUAUGAAGCAAUAUUCUAUUGAAGAAACUUAGGUAUUGAUUUAGCAAUUUCCAAAUUUGAAUAGGAACUUAUUUACUUUAAUUAUACUGUUUCUAUAAGCAGUGGCUUAAUAUUCUCAAGUUAAUAAGAUGGGUCCAAGCAAUUUGGCCAUUGUAUUUGGUAUAAGUUUGUGUAGACCAUAAGAAUACGAUUAAUCAAAUGUUUAAGAAUAAUAUUUGAAAAUUAAAAUGGUAAAUUAAUUUAUUUAAUUCAUUAUUGAAAAUGCAUCCUAAAUAUUUCCAAACUAGAAAAUCAGUGAUUUUUUGCUUGAAACUGAGAAUGAGCAAAUUGAGUAAGAUGAAAUAUAACAAUAAUGAUACAAUUAUGGCAUAUCAUGUAUUUCACUCAAUUAGAUGUGUUAUUAAUACAUAAA